GCGUGGUGUGGACAAAAACGUGGUGUGCCUUCUGCGGAACUGGACUGAAGGGAACACCAUGGUGAAGGUGUGGCGACAAAUCCAGGAGAAUCACUUUGAUGAGUAUCUCCACAGAAAAGACCUGUACACCACACUCCUCAUGACUAUUACAAAGCCUGGGGGGAUCGUGUCAGCCUUAGGACACAAGUUUGAGGCUCCACCUCCUCCAAGAGAGCUGCCCUCUGCUCGUCUUCUUCGUCGUGCCUCCCUGCUGGCAGAGGCCAACAACGUACAGGACUACAGGAACCAGAUUCUCUCCACUUUUGGCACAGUGCUAAAAAUGGGCUCCACUAAAAAGGUGGUGAAGAAGCUGUCUGGGGAGGGUAAAGGCUCAGAUGAGUGGUUUACCAGUAUAGGCAAUGAGAAUUCCCAUAUUGUCUCGUUUGUUCUCACGUGUGAGGAGUCCAUCGAGUGCCUGGAGCCCAUGUGCCGUGGAGUAAUGGACAGGUUCCAGCAGGCCAAUCAACCUGUGCCUACAAUCCUGUACGUUGACCGUGGGUGUUGCCGUGCACAAGGCCGAGCUGCCAUGGAGACCUUGUUCCUAGAUUGGGUAGAUAAUGGUAUGGUCGUGUGUCUGGACAUAUUUCAUUGGAUCCAUCGUUUUGAUGCGGCCAUUUGCACUGACAGCCAUUCUAAGUAUGCGGUGUUCAAGUCUGCCCUAGCAGGAGCGGUGCUGGCAUACAAUCGCACUGACUUAGAGCUGCUCAUCAAAGCCGUCAAAGCAAAGGACCCAGGAACUUUUAACUCUGUCACUGAUGAAGAUAUGGUGCGACUCUAUGUGUCAAAAGAACAACUGAAGCACCACGUCCGCAGAGUUACACUUGGGGCUCAGGAGACCUUCCGGCUAGUCCAGAUAGCCAUCGAUGAACUCAAAGGUCCUGCUGGGCUAGACGAAAGCGGAGUCAGCCUCUUCAAGUCACCAGGUAUAUAA